UCUCCGAUGUUACGAUAAACGUAAACUAAGGGAAGCAGAUAAUAUCUACAAGAAAAUGAUUUGAAAGAUAUAAUACGAAAUGUGUAAAGCUGCAAAUCUAUAGAUACGCUUCUGGAUCGGAACAUUAGAAAACAUCAUGGCUAAUGCGUGGACACCUGGUGGCAAGAAACAACAAAAAGGAAAGAAAGGUUCAGAUGGUCUUGAUGAUUUACUUGGAGGUCUGCUUGAUGAAGAUUCUUCACCAAAAAAGAAAAGUCCACCUUCACAUACUCCUGCUGUAAGAACAAGGUCACUAGAAGGAAAAAAGCAGGGGUCUAGAGAUGAAGAUUUCUAUAGUAACAUUGCGGCUAGUGCUGAAGAUGGACUUUCUGAUGUAUCAGAAGCUGAUGUGAAAGAGAUGGCUCAAAGUAUUAAGGAUUUAGAAGAUAUGGAUGCUGACUUAUUUGGGGGGAAACUCAAGAAAAAGGGAAGUACCAAAGGAGGAAGUUCUAGUAAAACAAAUACACCACGUCGAGGAGGUACUCCUAGAUCUCGUAGUACUACACCACGUGCUGUAUCUCCUCAACAGAGAGUUACCUCACCUGGGGCUAGAGUAACUUCUCCUACUUCAAAAAGCCCAGUUGGAGCAGGUGGACCAACAUCAACCUGGGAUCAGCCUACUAGUCCAAGAGGUGUAUCUAGAGAAAGACCUGGUACUGGUGGAAGUAAGGGUGGUGGGGUUACAUGGAGUGAUCAGCCAACUAGUCCUAGGGGAGUGUCGCGAGACAGACCAGGGAGUGGGGGUAGGAAAGCUGAAGCAUCUGUUCCUGUGUAUAAACAGCAGGAUGUAACUAUACCAAAACCAAGUACAGCUCCAGGGAAAAUGAAUGACAUAUAUAACGGUAAUGGAUCAGAGAGUUUAAAGCCAGGCGCAACAGCACCACCAGAAAGACCAGGAACUGUACCAAAGGCAAAACCAAAGUAUGAUUUUGGAGAGUUUAAUGAAGAUGAUCCAUUAGCUGGUUUAUUAAGUGAUGAUGAAGAUGAUGAUUCCUGGGCCACAAAGCCUGCAGCUAAAAGAUCCUCAAUGAAAAAGAAGGAGGAACCAGUUGUCAAAAAACAGGAACCAGAACCCGUUAAAGUUGUAGAAGAACCUAAGAAGAACCUAUAUGAUAGACCUCCAACAAGGAGUGGAGGGGACAAAAAGGUUGAUGAAGAGCCUGAAACAGCAGUAUCUAAACAAGUUGCAGCUAGUAAGAAGAAGGAAGAUGCUGGUAUAUUCAGUGAUGACGAUGAUUUCUUGGGAGGGCUAGGAAUAGAAGACAAAGGCUCAGCGCCAUCAACAGCUUCUAAACCAAAGGCAGAGAUAGAAGAUUUUGAUAGUGAUUCUGAGGAAAAGCCAGCAAGAAUGUUUGACAAGUUACUCGGAAAAGACAGCAAUGUCACAAAACAUUUGGAAGCAAAGGAGAGAAAGGAAUUUGUACUAGAUAAGAAAUAUACACAGCCUGAAGAAGAAGAUGAAGAAGAUUAUGCCUUUGGUAGUUACAUGCCAUCAGCAGGAUCAGCUAGUGGGGGGUCAAGACCAGGUUCUCGUAGAUCAGUCAGAUUUCAAGAUGAAGAUGAUAUAUUUGGUUUUGAUAAACCUCCAUCUAGAGGAAGAUCACCUGCUACCAAGAAACCAGAAGGAAUGGAGUGGCUUGACCACAUGAGUCCUUCACCUAGAUCUACACCCACCAAAGAAACGGUUAGCAAAGAUGAAGCAACCCUUGCUAAAGAGUCCCCAACAAAGGAUGUUCCUUCUAAAGAACCCACUAGUGCCUUGAAAUCAUCAACACCACCAGGUGCUAAAACACCAUCAAAAACAAUGAAUAAACCUAAAGUUGACCCAUUUGAGUAUCUGGGUUUGAAAGAUGAUGAGGAUGAUGGGUUUGAAUGGAUGAAGCCAAAACAGUCUGAAACAAGACCAGGAACAGGAGAGCAGAGACUUGCUCCAGUUACUCCACCCCAGACUACAUCUAAAGUAGCAGAUCAUCCAAAGUUUGAACAGAAAUCAGCUGAAAUGGAUCAGUCACCUGAUGAUUAUCUAGGUCUAGGUGGUGAAGUUGAUCUAGAUUCAAUGUUAAAAAAAACACCAGAUUCUCCUUUGUUUGGUGGAAGUCGUGUAUCAGAUUCAGGAAAAGAUUUAUUUUCGACUCCAGCUAUGAUAGAUCACGCGAGCAAAACUCAUGUAAAGGAACAUUCAGUUAAAAAGAAAGUUGUUCAAGGUUUCAGUAAAAUACCAACUUGGGAAUCUGGUUCCAGAAGAAAGAUGUCAAGAUCUGGUAGUACAGAUAGAGGAGCAGACCUUACAUUUCAAAGACAGUCAUCUAUCUCUGAUGAUAUAAAAAUAUCAGAACACCCAUCAACUCAACUACAGCAAAAGGAUAUCAGUCAGCAUGAUUUUCUGUCAAACCAAUCAGAAUCUACCUUCCAAUCUACCAAACCAGAGCCAAACUUCCUGUCACAUAGACAGGAACCAGAUUUUCUGUCCAGUAAACCAGACUCUGAAACAAGAACUACAGAUUUCUUUAACUUCAGUAUGGCAGAUAAACAGAGGCAAAAAGAGGCUAGAGCUCAGAUGAGUCCUGAGAAAGGAAGCUAUUCUUCAGAUCAGAUGUCACAACAACAGAUGCAAGCAUUUCUACAACUACAACAACAACAGUAUCAACAGAUGCUUCAGACACAGCAACCAAUGUCUAGUGUACAGUCAGACAGAAUUACAAGAAAUACUGGUAUGACACUAGGAAUGGACCCAGAGGCAAUGAUAAGAAAACUAGAGAUAGAAAUAGAUUGUGCCAAUUCUUUGCUAGAAUCAACAAAGCGGAGACAUCAAGAUGAGAUUAAAGAUAUAGAAAGUUCUUACAAUACAAGAUUACAGAUGUUAGAAGAAACACAUACAAGUAAAGAGAAAAGACUAAGAGAAGAAAAUGAAUAUUUGAUGUCUCAGCAUUUGACUAAAAUAAGAGGAAUAGAACAAGACAAGUCCGAUAUAAUCACACAGAACUUUAAAAAGAUAGAGGAGAUAGAAAGAGAAAAAAUGGAAGAUCUCACCAAAAUUAAAGAAAUUCAUAGGAAUGCAAUUGAACAAUUGAGGAAGGAUCAUGAUGAAUCCAUUCAAAGGUUAAAGUCAGCUAAAGACAGUCAAAUAGAGGCUGUAGCCAUAUCACAUGAUACUACCAGAUCACUGGCAGUAGCUGUAGAAAUGAUACAGACUAAUGCUAGAGAUGUUGGAGAACUUCAGAAAAAGUUAGAUCAGUGGCAUAGUAUGGGAAUGGAUGAACGAGAGAUAGCUAUUAGAUCCAAAGACGAACAGUUAAAAAUAUUACAAGAGAGACUUAGAAAGCAGCAAGAUGAUAAUGACAAUGAAAGGAAACGUUUAGAGGACCUUAUUACAAGAUUGGAAACACAAAUCAGAGAGCAAAGCAGAGUUCAUGAUGAGGAAAGAUGGAGUUUAAAACAAGAACACAACAGAAUGCAGAGUUUACAGACUACACUAGAGGAGGAAAGGAGACUAUGGACAGAACAACAAGCCAGAGAAAGAACAAAUAUUGAAAAAAUAAGGGAAUCACUAUUAGAAGAACAGAAAGAUGUUUUAUCACAACUGCACAGAGAAAGACAGGCCUUAGCAGAAGAAAGAACGCAAUUUAUGGUGACACAGAAAACACGCAGAGAUGACUUGGAAAAUUAUACUGUCAAACUUUCUCAGGCUAAAACAGAGUUUGAUGCCAUUAUGAAAGUUAUAUCAGAAGAGAAGAACAAAUCAUAUAGCAGGAAGGAAGAAUUAACAAAGGAAGAACAGAGAAUAGAAGAAGAAAGAAGCAAACUACAAUCAGAGAAAGCCAAACAAAAGGCCAAAGAAGAUGAACUGAUAGAACAUGCACAGAUAAUCAAAGAGAAAUCUGAACAAGUUGAUGAAUAUUAUUUAGAAGCAAACAGUAAAUACGAAGAAGGAAUGAUGGCAUUAGAAGCUUCACAGAGAAUAGAGGCUGAGGAGAAUCAAAGGCUGGAUAAAAUACAUAAACAAAUGCAGUCACUACAGAAUAAAGAGAAACAAAUAUCAGAGGAAAGACUAAGACUUUCAAAAGAGAAGAAAGAAGUAGAAAAUUUGAGAAGUGCUGCUCUAUGUCCAAACUGUAGAUCGCCUUCAUCAGGGAAUAAAAUGGUUGUAAUGCAGACAAAUGGUCAUAUGACAAAUGGAACAGUUACUGACCAAUUUCCUGGAGUGCCAGCCACAAGUUAUCCUGUUCACAACCAGAAUACCUCACGUCCAGCAUCAGGGCAUGUGUCACUUAAUUCAGUCACAGAAUCUAUUAAAGCUGACCGAUCUAUUAGAAUGUGGAAAAUGGAAGCUUUUAAGGAUCAGAAAUAUUUAGAGGAAGAAAGUUUAUUUUUAUAUACCCUGAAACAGAUGCCUUACAGUAACCCAUGAAGAUUAAUGUCAGAAGAUUCAGUUAUGUGCCAAGUUAAAACUGUCUAAAGUGUUAUAUGAUAUAAACAGUGGUAUACCUGUCAACAAAAACGUAAUGUUUAAAUGAUGAGGCAGUGCUUUUUAUUUGGAGUUUAACUGUCUGAUAUAAUCUGCAACUGUUGUGUGAUUCAAAAAUGAAAAAAAGUGUUCAGUCCUUAAAGUAUUCUAUUUAAUUGUGGAAUAUAUUCAUAUAAGAGGAAAUAAACAUUUAAAAGAUAGUUUUUUAAACUAGAAGUUUGUUAUAAUAGAAUGGUAAUAGUAUAGAAAGUAGAUUCUCUGUUAUUAAUAUAUGUUGCUAUCAUUUUUGCUGGCAUAUUGUUUAUACUUUGAUGUGACAAAUUGUUCUUAUCUAUCACACUAGUAUUUGUAAAACUUAAGUUAAAUUACUUCCAACAUCAAAUAAUCUGCUGAAAGCAAUUUUCACAGUCUGAUUGAGCUUUAAAAAUUGAAUUAGAAUGAUUUUAAUAUGUAAUUUAUGAUGUUCAUAUUUACACAUGUACUUGAACAAACUAUGUAUACAUUUUGUUAAAAAUCAUUGAAUGCUACAUUUCAAGUCUGUCCUCCUUAUUUGUAUUUAUACGUUAUUUUUGUUGUUAACAUUGCAUGUUUAUUGGUUGGAAUUUUGCAUUUAUCAUUAAACUGCUGUCAAGAAGACAACAAUAUUAUAUUUGAAGAUUUUUGUGCAUCAAAUGUUGAUUCAGUAAUCAUAUAUGUGGGACCGUAAAAAAAUUGAUGCCUGCAAGUCUUAAGAUACAUGACUGUUAUCUCCAUUCUAAUGUAACUGAAAGAAAACACUAUGACAUCUGCACUAAAUCUUGUGUGACAAUUUUAGACCAUAAAUAAUGGAAUUUAUAUCCUGAAAUUUGUCAUGUACGUGUAUCAUCUUAAGUAUUAUUAAGUUUUAGAUCCUAUUUCUUACGUUUUCAUGUUUAUAUUUGAUUUAAUCAUCUUAUUUUGUAUUAGGAUAUACCCGACUGGUUUGGUUAAAACCUAUCUGUGAGAAAUGGCCAUUAUAGAAGCAUGAUUAAAGUGUAUAAAUUUACUGACCAGAAUAUAUUAUUCAUUUAUUUUUUUAUCAGAUAUUUAUUCAGCAUUAUAUUUAUACAUGUUGUCCCAUGAUAUCUGGAAAAUUCUUUUUUAUGAAAAUUACUGAAGGACAAAAAUUAUAAGAUUUUAAUUUAACUUUAACUUUAAUCAAUUUCAAAUAUCUCAUUCUCUUUGUUGCACAAAACGUACCUCAGUUAUAUUCAAACUUGAUUUUUCAUUGCCAACAUGUGUAUUUUGCUGUUUUCUGUUGAAAAAAUAAUGUCAUAACACAAAUGCAAGCUGUUAUUUCAUGAUAUUGAAGGUAUGUGUACAUACUUUCAAAACCAUCAUAUUUUUUAUCUAAAAUUACUUGCAUAGGUAAGUGGGACCUAUAUUUAGUGAAAUUUACAUCACCAUAUGAGUGUAUGUUUUUGUUUUACUAGUCUAUAGAUGUAUUAUGUAAAAAAUAAUAGGCAGCAAGUAAUUAAACAUGAAAAAAAUGGAUGUGCGGAAUAUUAAAAGAAAUAUUAUAUUUUUUAGUUAACGUCAUAUGAAACUUCAAAUAAAAAAAAACUUUGAAUAUGUUUUAUAUACUCGAAUGACUAAGGUUUACUAUAAAACAAGUCUACGUUAACUUUCUUGUAAAAGAAAAUCCGUUUUAUCAUCAAAAUCUUCAUAAAUGAACUAAUAUUGAAUUAUUGUCUUCCCAUACACUAAUUCGCCGAUGUUUUCCUGUAUGCAGUGACCAUAAUUUCGAGACCUCUUGUUAGUACUUCGGCCACCACAUAGUGCAAGUAGGAGGGGAAAACCGUGAUGAAAGAAUGUAAACAAAUGUGCACUAGAAGGUAAAUAGUAAUAACUGACUAUGAAAGAACACAUUUAAUAUAACAAAUCAUUUAACAACUGUUUAGAAAAAGUUUAAGUGACAAAUAGGAACGCAUGGAAAAUAUAAAAAAAACGAAUUUCAUGGCCCUAUCACUUCACUUAUUUAUCAUGAGCUCCAUGUUCUCUGUGUUGAUUGUUUAUUAAUGUCAUGAUCCAGUAAACUUCAGCGAAAAACUCGAAAGUUGAUUAGCUGGAUAUCAACAAUCAGUGAAUGAAAUAUUAUUUGUCGAUAAUACAUUAUAGAUUCGGAAUAAAUAUAAAAAACAUGCAUACAGUACUUAGUUUAGUAUAUAUACAUGCAUUGGUUCAAUAUUUUCGAUAAUAUUAAAAUUUAAAGAAACUUGUUUCAUAUGACAUUAAGAUAAUUUUAAAUAAUCUAAUUGGUUUUGAAUUAAAUGAAAAUUGUAUGUCUUUUCAGCAUUGUACAAAUUCAGGGUGUAGGAAUCAAAUCUCAUUAUAUGAAGUAAAACAUUAGCAGGUUAAUAUGAUAAGAAGUUUUUCUUCUUGCAUUAGAAGCAUACUUGUAUGAUAGGUUAGAAGGGCAGUAAUUUUGAUUUUAUAAAGAAAAAACUUCCAAAAAAGCAUAGUGUUUCAUGAUGUAAAUUGUCCAUCAUAGCUAGCAGCUAUCACAGAAAUGUUCAUUUUAAUCUCCAUUGUCAUUCAAAAUACAACUGACUUUGCAAUUUGAAUUGUGACAUCAAGCACCUGUACCUUAUAUUUUGUUUAAAUUACAAGUAUUCAGUAUGGGUAUCAAGAUUUACACUUAAAUGAAUGUGGGGAGCAUUGCUAAGUUUGCCUCUUUUUUUUUUGGCUUUUUGUUUUUAGGGUUUCUGUGGACUUGAAACAUUAGAUUUUCCAAUGUUUCUAAGCUUUAGAUUUUAAUUGAUUUACUGUAAUGGUGUUGCUUGAUUAGUUUUCUGAUACACCUGGGCACAAACAUUUUUCUUAUGCUUUUCAUGCAUUAUUGUUGUAACAUUGUUAACAUGUAACUAUUGCAGCAUACAAUGAAUACAGGUAAUACAUUUCGGACUAAAUUUAUAUUAUAUAUUUUUUCAUCAGCAUCACUAAGUUGUAUCAGAACAUUAUUUUGGUAUGAUAAUUUUACUGUUGUGAAUUUUACAAGUUUUAUACUUAAAAUAGUCUGUGAUAUCAAUAUUUAUUAAAAAAUUAUACAAGCAUA